UCGACGUCGACUGCACUCGCCCCCACGAGAAAACAGUAUUUAAGGAGCUGUGAAAGUCCAAGUCGCCGAUUAUUGUCUCAGUGCAGUUGUCAGUUGCAGUUCAGCAGACCGGCUAGCGAGUACUUGCAUCUCUUCUAAUUUACUUAUUCGAUCAAAUCGAAAGAGCCUGCUCAAGCAAAAAGAAGUCAUCAUGGCGUUUACCUUGACCAACAAGAACGUGGUUUUCGUGGCCGGUCUGGGAGGCAUUGGUCUGGACACCAGCAAGGAGCUGGUCAAGCGGGACCUGAAGAACCUGGUCAUCCUCGACCGCAUUGAGAACCCGGCUGCCAUCGCCGAGCUGAAGGCAAUCAAUCCAAAGGUGACCGUCACCUUCUACCCCUACGAUGUGACCGUGCCCAUUGCCGAGACCACCAAGCUGCUGAAGACCAUCUUCGCCCAGCUGAAGACCAUCGAUGUCCUGAUCAACGGAGCUGGCAUCCUGGACGAUCACCAGAUCGAGCGCACCAUCGCCGUCAACUACACCGGCCUGGUGAACACCACGACCGCCAUCCUGGACUUCUGGGACAAGCGCAAGGGUGGACCCGGUGGCAUCAUCUGCAACAUUGGAUCCGUGACUGGAUUCAACGCCAUCUACCAGGUGCCCGUUUACUCCGGCACCAAGGCUGCCGUGGUCAACUUCACCAGCUCCCUGGCGAAACUGGCCCCCAUCACCGGCGUGACCGCCUACACCGUGAACCCCGGCAUCACCCGCACCACCCUGGUGCACAAGUUCAACUCCUGGCUGGAUGUUGAGCCCCAGGUGGCCGAGAAGCUCCUGGCUCACCCCACCCAGCCCUCGUUGGCCUGCGCCGAGAACUUUGUGAAGGCCAUCGAGCUGAACCAGAACGGUGCCAUCUGGAAACUGGACUUGGGCACCCUGGAGGCCAUCCAGUGGUCCAAGCACUGGGACUCGGGCAUCUAAAGAAGUGAUACUCCCAACAAACACCACACAUAACAUUAGUUCAUAGGGUUCUGCGAACCACUAGAUAUUCACGCAAGGCAAUAAGGCUGAUUCGAAGCACACUCACAUUCUUCCCCUAAUUCGAUAAUAAAACUCUCCAUAGGAAUAUGGACAAAUAUAUGAAAAUUGAGAAAUCCAAAA